CCAUUGUAUACCCAGCGCCCUACGGGAAACCCUUGUACAAUCUUCUCGAUCCUUCUCAAUCCGUUCCUGUCUUCCAUGGGCGAUGGCGUAAAGGGAAUGAUCACCCCCCUCAGAUCCCUUUUCUCCCCCGAGGAGGCGCGGAAGGCCGCACAGCGGGUGGAGGGAGCUGUCGUCCAACGCCGUAGCGAGUUCCGGCGUCUCCAGGGCUUCGUCUCCGAGAAUUCCGCCCUUAUAUCCCUUGUUCGCUCCCUUCCAGAUGAGCUCUCUCACGAAAUCAUGGUUCCUUUUGGAGGUGCGACUUUCUUCCCUGGCCGCCUUAUCCAUACCAACGAGUUUCUGGUAUUAUUAGGAGAUGGAUAUUAUGCAGAGAGAACUGCGAAGCAGACUAUGGAUAUUUUGCAUAGGAGGGGCAAGGCAAUGGAAGCCCAGGUUGAGGCUUUGAAGGAGACGAUGUUGGAUCUUGAGGCCGAGGCUAAGUUCUUCAAUUCCACAGCGGAAGAGGCUAUUAUUAGAACAGUGGAUGUUUUAACUCAGAAAACUAGGCAUUUGAAGGUGAAAAGUGGUGAGAUUAGGGAAAUGAAAGGCGCAAGAAGAAUGAAGCAGUAUAGCAGUUGAACAGAUUCUAAUUCUCAUAAUUUAAUGUAGCCUCAACUUGAUUUUUGACUCACGAUGUUCUACCUUGAUGUGUACAAUAUCUAUUAGCUUUUGAUAAAAAAAGAAUGUUUGUGUAUUUUAUGGA